UGUGGCCUAUCAGACCAUCUCAGGAAGUCCUCUCUGACAGUCAGACAAUACUGUGGGCGUGCGUACUGAUGAGCACUCACAGUGCAGUUCAGGGAAGAUGUAUAAGCAGGCUGUGAUCUUGCUGGCCGCACAGGCCUUGGUGGUGGUGGCCGCUGGAGCAGUGUGCCCCGACAGAGAGGUGUGUGAGGAGACACACACCUGCUGCCAGGGUCCCAAUGGAGAGUACAGCUGCUGUCCCCAUCACCAAGGCGAGUGCUGCAAUGAUCAUUUGCACUGCUGCCCUGAAAACAUGGUCUGUCAAACGGAAGAGGGGAAGUCGGGAUGUGCCAACGCCACUCACUCACUGCCGUGGGCCGACAGGAUCCCUCCUCAGCAGAACAGCCUGUUAAAAUCUCUGCGGGUCAUCUCUGCCUCUCCGGAGAAAAAGGAUGCUGUGGUGUGCCCAGACAAGUCCUUCUGCCCCUCGGAGUUCUCCUGUGUCCGCCUGCCCCUCUCCUAUGGAUGUUGCCCCAUAGCAGAGGGUGUCGUGUGUGCGGAUGGAAAGCACUGUUGCCCCGCGGAUAUGCAGUGCAGCUCUGAUGGGAAGUCCUGCAUUCAGCCACAAGAGCCCGUGUCAGCCGUUAUAUGCAGUGAUGGCAUCUCCGAGUGUCCCCAAGGAGCAUCCUGCUGUCAGUCAUCAGACGGUGUGUGGGGGUGCUGUCCAUUCCCUAAGGCUGUUUGCUGUGACGAUAAAGAGCACUGCUGUCCGGAGCACAGCAUCUGUGACGUGGCCUCCUCCAAAUGCAUAUCCGAGUCCAACCAGCACAUGCCCAUGUGGGCCAAGUUUCCAGCCCGCCUCAGGGCCGACUGGGAGAACCAAAAGCCUCAACUCCCCAGUAAAGGAAAUGACGUCCCCUGCGAUGACACGUCAGCCUGUCCAGAUGACAACACCUGCUGUAAGACUGCAGAGGGGAAAUGGGCCUGUUGCCCCCUCCCUAAGGCUGUGUGCUGUCCAGACCAUGAGCACUGCUGUCCAGAGGGCACCACCUGUGGGCCUGACACCUGUCUGAGUCCUCAGGGGCCUGUACCCAUGCUGACCAAGAUGGCCGCCCUAGUCUUGCCACCUAAACCAAAUGACGUCCCCUGCGAUGACACGUCAGCCUGUCCAGAUGACAACACGUGCUGUAAGAAUGCAGAGGGAGAAUGGGCCUGCUGUCCACUGCCUAAGGCUGUGUGCUGUCCAGACCAUGAGUACUGCUGUCCAGAGGGCACCACCUGUGGGCCUGACACCUGUCUGAGUCCUCAGGGGCCUGUACCCAUGCUGACCAAGAUGGCCGCCCUAGUCAAACUGCCAGCUGUAGUCUUGCCACCUAAACCAAAUGACGUCCCCUGCGAUGACACGUCAGCCUGUCCAGAUGACAACACCUGCUGUAAGACUGCAGAGGGAAAAUGGGCCUGCUGUCCCCUGCCUAAGGCUGUGUGCUGUCCAGACCAUGAGCACUGCUGUCCAGAGGGCACCACCUGUGGGCCUGACACCUGUCUGAGUCCUCAGGGGCCUGUACCCAUGCUGACCAAGAUGGCCGCCCUAGUCAAACUGCCAGCUGUAGUCUCGCCACCAAAACCAAAUGACGUCCCCUGCGAUGACACGUCAGCCUGUCCAGAUGACAACACGUGCUGUAAGACUGCAGAGGGACAAUGGGCCUGCUGUCCACUGCCUAAGGCUGUGUGCUGUCCAGACCAUGAGCACUGCUGUCCAGAGGGCACCACCUGUGGGCCUGACACCUGUCUGAGUCCUCAGGGGCCUGUACCCAUGCUGACCAAGAUGGCCGCCCUAGUCAAACUGCCAGCUGUAGUCUCGCCACCUAAACCAAAUGACGUCCCCUGCGAUGACACGUCAGCCUGUCCAGAUGACAACACCUGCUGUAAGACUGCAGAGGGAAAAUGGGCCUGCUGUCCACUGCCUAAGGCUGUGUGCUGUCCAGACCAUGAGCACUGCUGUCCAGAGGGCACCACCUGUGGGACUGACACCUGUCUGAGUCCUCAGGGGCCUGUACCCAUGCUGACCAAGAUGGCCGCCCUAGUCAAACUGCCAGCUGUAGUCUCACCACCUAAACCAAAUGACGUCCCCUGCGAUGACACGUCAGCCUGUCCAGAUGACCACACGUGCUGUAAGACUGCAGAGGGAGGAUGGGCCUGCUGCCCCCUGCCUGAGGCGGUCUGCUGCGACGACCAUAUUCACUGUUGCCCUCACGGAUCCACGUGUAACCUCCCGGCGCAGACAUGCGACAGCGCCGAGGGUUCGAUCCCCAUGCUCAGCAAGCUGCCGGUGCAGGGUCAAGGCAGCCGUAACAUGCCGAUACUACCGGACGAGUUCAGCCUGACUCCUCCUACCAUGUCGCAGUGUGACCACACCUCCUCCUGUCCGCACCGCACCACCUGCUGCUUCAUGGAGAAGGAGAAGACGUGGGGCUGCUGCCCAUUCCCCAACGCGUUAUGCUGUAAGGACGGUGAGCAUUGCUGUCCCCAAGGCUACCAGUGUGACAUGGACGCCACCACAUGCACUAAGGGGGAGGUCACCAUCCCCUGGUACAACAAGAUGGCCGCCCAGAGCACGCUGCCCAGCCCCAGCCAGCCCAUCGCCGCGGAAACCUGCAACGCCACCAGCCAAUGCUCUGCUGACUCCAGCUGCUGUCAGCUGUCCGAUGGCAAAAUGGGCUGCUGCCCACUGACUGAGGCGGUGUGCUGCGCUGACCAGGCCCACUGUUGCCCCAGGGGCUACAGCUGUAACCUGGAGGCCGACUCCUGCCAGAGGUCAGUCUCCUUCCAGGCCCAGAUGCUGCCCCUCAUCAGGGUGGUGGAGCAGGAGCCGGAGAAGGAGGAGCAGGAGCCAGAGAAGAAGGAGGAGCCAGAGAAGCAGGAGCAGGAGAAGAAGGAGGAGCCAGAGAAGGAGGAGAAGAAGCCGGAGCAGGAGCAGGAGAAGAAGGAGGAGCAGGUGCCGCCCCCUAGCCUGCAGCUGGCCCCGGAGGACACGGCUGGGGUCAUCUGUGAUGAGCUGACCUCCUGCCAGGAGGGGGAGACCUGCUGCAGGGCAGAGGAGGGAUGGGGCUGCUGCCCCGCACCAAAUGCCAUCUGUUGUGUGGACAAGAAGCACUGCUGUCCCGCGGGCUACACUUGCAGCACUGGAGGCGUUUGCAUUCAGUUGACCAGAUUUCAUAAAGACCACUGGCAGGUCUUCUUCUCAAAGAAGAAAAGAGCACUUAACUAUUGAAACUGUUUCUGAAAGGCCAUUGUUGAUUCAUACAUCCCAUUCAUAAAUUCAAUGUUAUUUACCUUACAUUUAUAUUUCUUUUUUUAAUUGGGCAUUGGAAGAGUGUGAGGACAUAUGUGGGUUAGCCAUGAGGUCAUGACGAUGUACGAUGUUCUAAUCAUGUCUGGUGGUUAAUCAUAACCAUGCACUCCAGGGCUUUUUACACUUGCUUCUUUGAAAUUUGGGUAACACUUAACUUGACACCGGUGUCAUAUGCAUGUCAUUAGUGUCAUGGCACAGUUAUGCACAUGUCAUGAACAUUAUGUCCAUUUGCCAUAACCGAAAUGUCACUUAAGGCCAACAGUCAUAAAAUGUUUAUGACAUGGACAUAAUGUUUAUGACUUAUCUAUGACUGUGUCAUGACACUGUGAUGAGACUGUAACGACAUGCGUAUGACACUGGCAUCAAGUAAAAGUGUUACCGAAAUUUGUAUGUCAACCAUUGAUAACAAUGUAGCUAUCAAUCAGCACACUUCCAAGUUCAUUGAAGACUAUUGGACUCCUGUUUUUACUUGAAGUCAUCUUUGGGAUGUGGUGGCAAUAUAAAAUGCACUGAUUAUAAAGCACAUGUAUACAAUAUGUCAUUUGAUUUUAAAGCAGUCAUAUGUGUAAUAGUUGGUCGUGAAUGUGCAAAUGAUCCUCAAUAAAGACAUACAAAUAAA